CUCCUGUUUCCCUUUGAGGAGGCUCUGAUCUGAUUUCCCCAUUUUUUGACACUUGGGAGAAGAGGGGAAGUGAAGAAAAGGCAUUUAGCGCACAUUGCGUAGUUUGUAGGGAAAAAGAGUUGGAAAGAAGAGGCUAAAGAGCGCUUUGCUGUCCUUGCUGCUGUCAAUCAGGAGUAGCUGAGUAGAAGAGCCCCUGCUGAAGUGCUCAGCAGCCGGUCUUUUCCUUCCUGCUGGCCUUUCUGUCAUCUGUCCAUGCACUAAGUGGAGGGAAAAACAGAGCAGGCUAGAGAAGGUUGACUCAUCAGGAUUUGCUGUCUUUGGACAGUGGUAGUUAUUUUUGAGGGGGGAGGCUAAGGGUGUUAAAGCUGCAGGUGGUGCUAGGGAGUUUGUUUUGCCAUGCAGCACGCUGGGGAUCGGACAAGUAGCACUGUGAGUGUCAAGAGAGGCCAUACAAAAAUGCUGGGAAAAGGACAAAGUGGUGGAUACCCCCCCGAAACAACGAGUGAACUCUUGCAGAGUGUAGACAGCAGCGACAAGAAGAACCUCCAGGUAGGAGGCCAGCUGCCAGGUGGUGUACAGCAGCAGCAGCAGAACCAGCAACUCCUCCUGACCCCAGCCAGCCUCCAGCUUGCUCAGCUUCAGGCCCAGCUUACCCUCCAACGCCUGAAACUGGCUCAGGGGGGCAAUACGGCCACUGCCGCCACUGUUCUCAAUCAGGUUCUUUCCAAUGUCGCCAUGUCCCAACCCUUGUUCAAUCAGCUACGGGCUUCAGCUGUGGUUGGAAACCCUCAGGGUGCCUUCCCCACAGGGGUGCUAGGUUUCUCCUCUUCAAAUUCACCCUUGGGGGCCUUGGUUGGUGGGGGAUUCACCCAAAACCCUGGGAAUGUGAGAGUGAACCAUCCUGGUGGAGGAGGCCCAGUGGGCCAACAGGGUGCGGAGUAUGGUCAAAAGUCAACCUACCCUUCUGAUACUGACAGGCGUGUUCAGUACAACUUAGCUGGGGGGACAUCUGCGGCAUCAGCCACUGCUGGUGAUGGACAGUAUACAGUGAUUAACACUCAGGCAAAAAACAUGAACAAUGUUGAUUUUCAGAGAGAUUUCUUUCGACAUGAUUUGCUGGGGCAACAAGCUGGGUUUACUGUCAAUGAGCAGAACAUGAACAUUUAUAACUCCAAGGAGCAAUGGAAGGGCCCCGCUAACUUGAGUCACAGUGGAAAGGUGGAUAUGGUGUCUAAUGCUGCUAAUGUGUGGACAGCAGCUGGGCAGCCAAUUCGGUCCAGAACUGAACUCUAUAACCCAGAGGAGCCGACCCCUGACCCCAAGUUCAAUCCCAGUGGCGGGGUUUCUACUUUUGCUUCAAGUGGCACACAGGGAUUUGGGGGCUACCAGCCCCUGCAUGGAAGUGAGGAAACCCUUUCUUCAGGUACCAGGACACUUCAGCCUUACCAAGUCAAUGAUUACCAUGCCGUCACACCCACUCAACUGCCACACCAGUGCAGCAUCUGUGACAAGAAGGUCUACAACCUCAAGGACUGGGACCAGCAUGUGAAGGGAAAACUACACCUGCAGAACCGAACCUUGUACACAAACGAAAGCGCCGCGGUAGCAUCAGCUGGGGGUGUUCACUACGCUGUCGGUAGGCCUUCUGAUGGAGGUCUGAACCCCGGAGGGACUAACUCCAUGGUCUACUCUGCUGCAAGUCAAGAUGUAUCCUCAGGAGCCAAUCCAUCAUACUUGCCAGCUGCAGCCAUGAAGACUUAUCCCAUGUCAGACACAGGAUUUGCCUCACACCAGACAGAGUUAAAGCCAUUUCCACCCAGAAAGGCCACAGCAGGGCGAGUUGUUCACAUCUGCAACCUCCCUGAAGGCAGCUGCACAGAGAAUGAUGUCAUCAACCUGGGACUACCCUUUGGCAAGGUCACCAACUACAUCCUCAUGCGCUCUACCCAUCAGGCGUUUCUGGAGAUGGCGUAUGUUGAAGCAGCUCAGGCAAUGGUUCAAUACUACCAACUUACUCCAGCUAUGAUUAACAAUCAGAAACUUCUCAUACGAAUGUCGAAGAGAUACAAGGAGCUGCAACUCAAGAAACCAGGUAAAGAUGUUCAGUCAAUCAUCCUGGAUAUCACCUCUCAGCGGGAGAGGGAUGAGAUGCAAGAACUUGAACACUACAUGCCAGAGAGAGCACGCUCCCGCAGCCCUAUCAGCCGUUCUCUGAGUCCUCAUUCCCACAGUCCCAGUUUUACAUCAUGCAGCUCUGCCCACAGCCCCCAGGGGGCACCAUGCAGGGGUCCAGAGAGAGGCAGCAAUGGCAUGGGCCCCCGCCGGGGCUCCUGGGACUGGUCAUCACACUUAAGAAGGGGUGAGGACGAAAGGGAGAGGGAUGACCCGUGGAGGAAUGGGGGCAGCGCGGAUGACGAUCGGACUAAUGGACGGGCAGCCGAGCGUCGGAAGGCUUACCAGAAACCCUUGGAUCAUAUCAGCUCAAGAUCUGCAGAUGAGCGAGGAGGAGGAGGAGGAGGUGGAGGUGGUGGAGGAGGAGGAGGAGGAGGUGAAGGGAUGAGGGGCAACAGAGACUGGCACCCACGAGGCAGCCCUCAAGGCAUGGCCUUCAGCUCUUACAGGAACAUGGAGGAUGACUUCUACAUGAAGGAGCAAAUGUUCAAGUCAGACAAGGCCCCCAGACCUCCAUACCAAAGGCAUGAUACAAAGCCAAAGAGGAGGGAUGGCGGCGACUACCACAGUAGAUCGAGGCAUUCUGAGUUUGAGAUAACGGAGGAGCCACUUCGCAGGACACUAGAUGAUAAGAGGCAGGGUUCACCAGGCAGGGGCAGGAGCAGAAAGACAAGCAGAAGGCACACCUCUGCAGAAAAACACGAGAAAGAAAAUACAACUGAAAAUACUGGUCGCCAGUCAAAAGAAAAAUCUGUCUCACCUCAGCAAAGCAACAUGCCAAAAGAGGCAACAACUGAAUGUAGUAAAGAAAGAGACACUGUGAAGGAGUUGGAAAGUGGAGAUAACACUGACGAAGAGUGUUGGUACCCUAAGAACAUGGAGGAACUGGUCACUGUAGAUGAAGUGGGAGGAGAAGAUGAUUCCAUAAUUGAGCCCGACCUUCCUGAGCUGGAUGAGUACAUAUCCUGCCCCAAAGAGUCUGUGGAGGAAGAAGCAGCAGCGGAGCAUAUACCAACACCUACCUCCUCCUUGGAGGUGCAGGGGACGUCCAACAAGAAGUCUAACCAGGAAAAGUCCUGUGAGGAUGUGGGAGACAAGGCAGAAGCACCUGUAAAUGAGAAACCAGGGGAUGUUUUAACUGCAACCAGUCCUGAAAACCAGACACUCAGUCCAGUGGUGCCUGAGCUGCCAGUCACUAACCUUAGUGACUUCCCCAGUGAGGAGUUCAAGGCUGCACUGGAGGAGACGUGUUCAGAGGAUAAAGCAAUGAAAAGUGGGCCAUCACAGGAGCCAAUGGAGAAUCACAUUCAUGUAUCAGAGGACAGGAAAAGCCCGGAAGUAGCACAGGUCACGGAAACAAUCAGUGAUGGGGUUCAACACAAGGAUGCCGUUCUUAAAAAAGAGAUUGAGGCCCCAUCACCACCUCGAGAGCAAGACAAAGCUGUCAGUGAACACAGCAUCCCUUUGGGAGUGGAGUUUAUCGUGCCGAGGACCGGCUUCUACUGUAAACUCUGUGGACUGUUCUAUAACAGCGAGGAAACGGCGAAGACCACUCACUGUCGCAGCACUGUACACUACAGGAACCUACAGAAAUACCUGUCCCAGCUGGCAGAGGAGAGCCUGUCGGGCAUACUUGCUGAACCCUCAGCUGCACAGUGACAUCAGCUUGACCUCUGACGUCUUGUACAGCGAACAGUAAAGGAAGGAUUAGCGUAUGUCUGCUGUCGGUGCAAAGCUAUGGAUAACUGCAGCAUGGAUAAUGUGACAAAUGGAAGCUAGAGUAUGUGGACAAUUGCACUGGUUUUGAUAUUUUGGGAGAAGGAAUGUUGGGAUGUUUUGAGUGGCACUGACAGCGACGCUCUCAAUGUUGUACAUACCCGAGGUGUAAUGUAUAGGCUACAAUAUUUAAAUGCAAGGUUUAUCAAUUUUCUUACAGAUUAUUUUAUUGGAUUGUGUGUGAUAAAAUGUAUUUGUUAUGUUUUUUGGAAUGGAAAUGUACCUUUGAUGAUGUCUAAUAACGAGAGGACACAUUUUUACACUAUGCGCUUAUGUUAAUCGGUUUUAUUUGAAAUUAAUUUAAGCAUUGAUGAUACAUUUACAGCUGCAAAAUGACUUGAACUUUGUGCCAAGGAAUGUAUUUACUCAGUGAAAAAACUGAGACAAAUUCUCAGGUUUGUUGUAUUUGUUUGAUAGAUUUAAAUAUGGCUUAGUACACAACAUUACAUUUUUAUUUAUCUCAAGGCUCUUGCUGUUUUUCUUUGAUCAUGUGCCAGUCUGUGCACAGCCUUAUCUGUCUGUCAGGUAAAAAUGUAAAUCAUUUGGAUUAAUUAUGAUGCAACAAAUGCAAAAUAUAUUUAUUUUCUUUAAGUUUUAUGUUGGAUUUAUGAGACAAUCCCAGUCAUAUUUGCCGACAUAUGUAAUGCCUUAAAUAUUGAAGACCUUAAACUGGACCAUGUGUUUAAUUUAUCAGAGUUAAACAUGCAAUGUUUCAUGUGACAGUGAUUCGUGCAGCGGGAUUAUCAAGACAGACUCUAUUUUUGUAUACUGUGAAUACUGCUGAUCCUGUGACGUCAGUGACAGUGUUGUUUUCUUGACAAACUUUUCAUAUGAUUUGCAAAAAAACAUGAAUAAAUAAUUAAACUUGU